AUGGCAAAGUUGGAAAAGGCUGCGAAUGAUCUCGAUUUUUACAAAAAUCGCGAUGAUACUCAUCCAUAGAACCUUAAUUAUGAGCCUCCUGUUGAGGAUUUCUACGGGCCAGUGGCAACAGAGUUGAGAUUCUGUACAGAUCUUAUUUGCAUAUUUAUUUGGAUUAUAUUUUUGGGGUUUUCUUUUGCUUAUGGUUUUUAUGGUAAAACUAGUUCCAAAACAUAUAAUAGCUUACCAAGAGUUUAAAAUAGAAAGACUCUAUCGGAGUUCCGAUUUUAGAACUGACUUAUGUGGAAUUAAAUAAUUAGAGAAUAAACCUUAUGCUUACUUCCUCGACCCAGAUAAUUUAUAUGAUAUUGCUAUUUGCGUAGAAAAAUGCCCCAAUACGAUAGACUAUGUAAAUUGAAAAUCUAAACUAGACUUAACAAAUUUGUUUAUAUGAUGUUGAUGGAUAAACUAUUUUGGAAGAUUAUUGCUAUGAUACUUACUAUACUGAUCCUUACUUAGUGUAUUGCAUGCCCAUGGAACUAGGAUAAAGAAGAGACGCAAUUGAAAAGAUUAUAAAUACUGAUAUGGAAAUUUUUAAAAGAAUAGCUGGCGAUUUUUGGAUAGUAUAAAUAUAUAUUAAAAUUAGAAUAUUGAAUUAAUCAUAGGAGCAUUUGCUGUUUAGAUAGUAGUAGGAAUCAUUUUCGUCAUUAUUUUGUUAGGGAAGAGUAUGAUUUGAAAAUAAAUUAGGAAUUGCUCAUAUGAUGCUGUGGGGUUUCGUAACUGGGUUUUGUGUUGCAAUGGUAUUCUUGUCUAAAUAUUUGGAUGAAGAAAGAUAGAAGGUAAUUCAAAGAGAUUGCCCUGCUGAUAUUAAAGAUCCUUAUUAAUGUGUGGCAACACAUCUCUAUUUAUUGGAAAUUACAAAGCAAGCUUUAUUAUACUUAAUUCCUGUCUAUGUAUUCUUCUUAAUUUACUGUUUCCAUCAAAUUUUAAGGAUGAUUCAGGUUAUGGAAAGAAUGCUCAAACCUUUAAGGUAAAUGCUGCAUGUCUUAUUAAUUCCAUUCUUUAUAUCAUUGUUACAGGCUGCAUUCGCAAUCCUAUUCAUUUUAGUUUUAAUAGGAGGUAUAAAUUCAGGGACACCAGAAACUGUCUCUGCUCCUACUGGUUUUUCCAGCACUUCAUAUAGGAAAUUAGUGUUUUAAGUGUGGUAAGAGAGAGGAUUCUAUGUUGUAUUAUUUUUUAUGCUUUGGACACUCUAAGCCUUGUAUUAUUAUGUUCGUUGUUAUAUUUCUUGCUGUUGUUCAGUGUGGUAUUUCAGUAGAGAUAAAAAUUAUUUAAAUGCUCCUAUGUUGAGACCUCUUUGGUACACUAUUAGAUAUCAUAUGGGAAGUUUUUUAAUGGGAGCAUUAUUGGUUCCUUUAUUCUGGAUUCCAAAUGCUUUGUUUUAUUAUUGGAAAACCAUGCUAUUGUCAAUGCCAAGGAAAAGCUUUUUAUUGCACAUUUUAUUGUUUUUCUCAAUCCCAGGUUUUUGGUUUUACGAAUAUGCAGGAAAAUAUAUCAGUCAUAGGAACUUUAUGCAUAUAGCCAUUUUUGGAGAAAGCUUUUGGAUGGCAGGGCAAAAGGCCUUUUAUCUCAGAGAAAGAAACUCUUCUAGAAUAGAAAUGAUUAAGAAAACUCUUGGGUUUGUAAGGCUAAUAGGAAUGCUAUUUAUUUCAUCAGUAGGAACUUACUUAGUUUACUAUUAAUUAUAUACCAAUUAAAUUAUUGAUAGAUUUGUUAUCGAUGUUAAAUAGGCUGUUCACUUCCCAAUAGUGCCAGCAAUAUAUGUAUUUUUAGUUGGUUUGUAUAUUUCUCAAAACUUUUCCUCUAUUAUUGAUAUUGUUGCUGAAAUAAUGAUAUUUGAUUUAAUAGCUGAGGAAGAAAUGUUUAUGGGAUAAUAGAGAUUUGCUGAUUAGGAUAUGCUUGAAUUCGCAAAUAAGUAUAGUAAAGAAAAGCAGAAAUCUGAUUUUGUUGUGACCAAUUAAGGAAGGAUAAAUCCAAUGAAUGAAGGAGAUGAUGCAAAUCAAGCUUUGGGCAAAUUUGAUUUGGGAAAUUUAAUGGAAUAAGACGAGGAGGAACCUGAGGAAUUAGAUCCAGAACCAGAACCACCAGUUGAAGAACCAAAAGAAAAAUCUGUAAAAAGUGAGCAUGAUGAUGACUUUGGAAAAGGAAAUGAGCUGGAUUUGGAUGAACUAGGAGACAUGAAUAAUAAAAAUAAUGAUGAUCAAUUUGAUGACGAAGUACUAUUUAAAUUUCAAUUUCAUAGCUUGCAGAAUUUAAUAAAUAAAGGGUACAAGAUGCUAACAAUAAAAGGAAAUUAGAAGAAGAUGUUAUUAAUUUAGAUCAAAACAAGUAAUAAGCAGAUGGGGCAAAAAAGACAGACAGAAGAAGAUUUUGAAUUAUAAUUAAAUAUUUU